UCUGUCUGUCUGUCUGUCUAUUAUACCAGGGAUUUAGAGCCGUUUGUGGUGUUUUGUUUAGCGUUAGUGGGUGGGUCAAAUAUUUGAACUGCUAUACCUACCGUAAAACAGCGUCACUCCUUCUGUGUAGUACUCAAACACACACAAGCCUCAGAGAUGAUGAUCAGCACAAUAAGGAUGAUGACUAGCUGGGCCGGACUACUCUUCAUAUUACUGGGCAUGGUCACUUCCCAGGUCAAGGGUUUAGUGGUUGUGCAUGGGCCAGACUGCACACAAAUAAAAACAACUUCCCCGACUGCAGAGAGUGGUGUCUAUACUAUUAAACCAUCUGGGGUUAAAAAACCAUUCAAGGUUUACUGCGAGAUGCGAAAGGAUGGGGGAUGGACUGUUAUCCAGAGGAGGUCUGGUGGAAAGGUUUCCUUCCACAGGAACUGGAAAGAAUAUAAGGAGGGAUUUGGAAACCUUCUGGAUGAACACUGGCUGGGCCUCGCCAAAAUAUGGGCUCUAACCAAAAGCAAACAACAUAAAUCAAUGCUCAGAGUAGACCUGUGGGACUUUGAAGGAGGUUCUGUCUAUGCUAAUUACAAAAACUUUAGGAUCGGCAGUGAGAAAACAGCCUAUAAACUACAUGUUGGAAAAUACAGUGGCACUGCAGGUGAUGCAAUCCGUGGGGCAUAUGCUGGCAUUGACCAGAAUGGCUAUGGUUUCAGUACAUAUGACCGUGACAAUGAUGGCUGCUCCCCAUGCAUUUUUGGGGAUAUUGUGGCUGAUGACUGUAGCGCUGAAGAAGGUGGAGGAUGGUGGUUCAGUCGCUGUGGCUCAGCUGACCUGCAUGGAGAUUGGCACCCAAAGGGAAAUAAUCGUGGAUGGGCAACUGGCCUCCACUGGCUCACCUGGAAAUCCCCUGAGCCCUACUCGGCUAAGGCAACACGCAUGAUGAUCAAGACCAUUAAGUAAUCAGUUUUGUGCAUGUGCAGCAAGCAAGAAAGUAAUGCAUUGCUUUUCAGUUUUUAACACAAUAAACAUGUCAAUUUCAUGUAUCUAGAUGUUCACUUUGCAUGGCUUUCUUCCAGGUUCUCCAGGUCCAUAAACAUGCACGUAGGCUAAUUAGCAACACAGAAUUACUCCUACAGUACCAAUCAAAAAUUUGUACACCCCUACUCAUUCGUAGGUUUGUUAUUCCCUGCUGGCCGAAAGGUCCGAAGGGGGAUUAUGUCGUUGCGAUGUCCGUCCGUCCAUCCUGGGAAGGGUACUUACCUUCUGAAAUCAACUCCUCUCACGAUUUUUGGAGGAAUUUCACAAAACUUGGCAAAAGUCAUUGUUGUAUGUUGGUAGUAUGCAGAUUGUAAUUUCAUUAAAUUCGGUCACAUUUUACCAGAGUUACAGCCCUUGAUUAACAAAAUUAUACUUUGACAAUUUCAUGAGAGUGUGUUUUCCUUCUGAAAUCAACUCCUCUCACAAUUUUUGGAGGAAUUUCACCAAACUUGGCAAAAGGCAUUGUUAUAUGUUGGUAGUAAGCAUAUUGUUAUUUUGUUCAAUUCAGUUGCAUUUUACCAGGGUUAUGGCCCUUGAUUAACAACCUUGUACUUUCACAAUUUCAUGAAGGUGUCCUUGCCUUCUGACAUCAACUCCUCUCACAAUUUUUGGAUGAAUUUCUCGAAGCUUGGCAGAAAGCCUUGUUACAUGACGGUAAUACGCAUAUUGUAAUUUAAUUUUGUUUGUGAAAAUUUUACCAGAGUUUUUACCCUUGAUUAAAUAACUUGUACUUUGACAAUUUCAUGAGGGUGUACAUUCUUCUGAAAUCAACUCCUCUCACAAUUUGUGGAGGAAUUUCACCAAACUUGGCAAACGGCUUUGUUAUAUGACAGUUGCGUGUCAUAUAAGUGUGUGAUUGUGUGCAUGGACUGGCAUCCCAUCCAGGGUGAAUCCUCCCAUCUUGCACUGAGUGUUACCAGGAUUGGCUCCAGAGCCACCAAGAGCAAAAUAAAGCAGUUACAAUGCA